AUGCCCUUGUGCCCUUCGAAAGACAGUAUCAUUUCGUUGAUCCCACAGACCGGCAUCAUCGACGAAAAGCUCGUUCGCAUGUACAAUGGCGGGAAGAAGGAUCUCUUCCGAUGCUUCAAGUCAUCCAAUGACCUGGCCAAAGUCUCCAUCAAGAAGCGUCAAUACGGCCAGCGAAUAAAGCUUACGGCAAUCACAUCGGAAAAAGACACCUCUGAGGGGGACCACAUGCCGUGCUUUGUCAGUCUCGGCGGCCUGGAUCCUUUCCAAAUCCUCCCAAUUCAUCCUUCGCCCGAGGUUCAGCUACUUGUGGAUCACUAUACAAGAGUGAUUCCCACUCUAGUACCCAUGGCCUGCCGAACCGACAGUCAGCAACACCAACCAGCUGUGGAUCUGUUCCGCCUGUACUGUCUACACCCUGCAUCAUUUCUGGGGAUGUUGUAUCAUUCAGCUCGUCACAGGGAGAGUCUUCACGAUGAUUGCACAGGCGAAUCUCUCUCGUUGACUUUUAAACUCAAGACUAUCCGGGAGGUAAACAGCCAAAUUGGCAAUGGUAAACUUCAGGGCCGGUAUCCCGAUAACGGGACGAUCAUGGCCAUAUACCUACUCUCCGCAGCAGAGCGAAUGUGGGGUGAUGUCAACAUAUUUAGAAUGCACUGGAGGGCCAUGUACGACAUUAUCGAUGCCAAAGGUGGAGCGGAUGCCUUCACUGACGACAAUCUGAUGUAUGCCAAAGCAGUUUGGAACUGCUUCGCGCUCUUGAAUGCACGGGAUGGGUAUUUCAAUUGCCCCCAAAUCACUCACACUGCAGGGGGGAAUUAUGACUUCCGAAUUCCUUCCGACAGCAUGGUCAGAAACUGUCACAGUUUUGUGCAAUCCUACACAAGGCGGAAGACCUCUAUACUACGACUGCUGCCAAACACAGAAGCAGAAGCACGGCUCCAGGGCGAAUUAUAUCCUCGACGAAUAUCGGCUUUCCAAACCGGCCGUGUGUUGCACCAAAUCCUUGAGCCACCUUACACUGGAGGCACUACAGAGCAGUCUCACACAUUCAUACCUCAACCCGCCAGCAACAAUCGGUCUGUACAGAUACAGGGCGAUCGAUGCCGGACAGACAACUGCAGGUUAGCGUGCAUCAUAUACAUUAACCUUGUGCUCAUGGAGCUCGGCGACCUCUCUAAGCACACUGAGCUGUUCUUAUUAUCACUCGAGCAGCUGUUCACCAGAAACCCCCAGAUACUGUCCCCGGAGUACCUGCUUUGGGUCCUUCUUCGCACGCCAGGGCCUCUCGCUUCGAAGACAGCGCAGGACCUCUGGGCGCAGGCUAUCCAGAUCAUUGCGGUCGUGAAGCGCGCCAGCUUUCACAACGUGAUGCAUUACCAGGAGGCGAUGUUCCUUUUUCUUCAGUUGGUCGAGGAUGCGUCGAAACUCGCUCCCGCACUACAGCUGGAUCUUACCACCAUACAGGAAGAGGCACUGAGGGAUAAUCUCGACAAACCAAGUGAUAGUUUGGAUCUCGGCUACUCCGAUGUAUCGCCCAGCCAUGAGCACAUGACAUCUCGAGUAUACUGCGAGUUACUCUGGUUUCAAGGCGGUUUAUAG